AUGUCCCGCCGAGCACCUGUAGGCGCCGAUGCGGCGGAGCGCAACCGCUCAGCGUUGAAGACCUUGGCCAAGCUCGAACCGAAUAAGCUGUGCGCCGACUGCAAGCGCAACAAGCAUCCCCGAUGGGCGUCCUGGAAUCUAGGCAUCUUCAUCUGCAUCCGCUGUUCCGGCAUCCACCGCUCGCUCGGCGUGCACAUCAGCCGCGUCAAGAGCGUCGACCUCGACUCAUGGACCGACGAACAGCUGGCGAGUAUGGUGAAGUGGGGCAACAAGCGCGCCAACCGGUACUGGGAGCACAAACUGGCGGAAGGGCAUAUGCCGAGUGAGAGUAAAAUGGAGAGUUUCAUCCGAACGAAGUAUGACUCGAAGCGAUGGGCGAUGGACGGUCCGAUGCCGGACCCAAGCACCCUGGACGAGGCAGGGGAUGUGCAAGCGAAGGACGACGAUGACGUACCGUUGAGCGUGGUGCAGGAACGGGCAAGGAGUGGCAGUGGAAGGAACGGUACGCUGCAGCCGCCUCAACAGCCACGAGUACGUCCUCAGGACGUGGAUUUGUUUGGUGACCCAGGCUCUGCUCCUCCGGCACGACCGAGCACCACAGAGCCAGCAGUCAGCAGACCUGCACCGCCCAAGGCUCAGGCUGCGCCGCCGAGACAAACGAAGCCUGGCGAGAGUCUGCUUGGCCUGGACUUUUUUGGUGGAACCCAGUCAGCGCCACCACAAAGGCCUUCAAGCACCGGUCCGAACACUACGGGCAUGCCAGGGAGAACGGAUUUGAAGCAGUCUAUUCUCUCGUUAUAUGCUUCGAAGCCAUCACAACCACAGCAGCCGUCUUCCAACAUGAACGCCUUUGGUGGCAUGCAGUCACCGCCGUUAGCAAGUCCAUCACACCAGCAGUCAAGCACUCAAGCAUUGGGAGGCCUGGGUGACGCUUUUGGCUCGUUGACCUUCACCUCACCGCCAGCGCAGUCUGCGAAGCCCUCGCCCUUUGCAGGACUGUCUUCGCCGGCCGGUCACUCACGGCAGCCGUCUAUCCCCAAAACAAACCCGCUCAGUGGAGGCAGCUUCUUCGAUGCCAAGCCUGCGCCUCCGCCGAAACAGGCGACCUCGCCACCAACGCAGCAGAAUGCAAGCUUCGGAGGAGAUUUCGGCGACUUCUCUGCGGCAGUUUCGUCGCCUGCACCUCAAAAUACUACAGCCAACAAAUCCCUGGCUCCUGCAAGCGGCCUGGGCGACCUUUUCGAUCUAGCGUCACCGACCAUGCCAGCGCCUGCUCCACCACCAAAGCCUUCCGCCACUUCAACGCCGCUUACAGCGAAGCCGCCGGCACCGAUACAGGCCAGCAGCUACACGAACAGCACGGCAUUUAACCUCUCCAGCCCGACUCAGCCGCCGGCACCGAAGCCAGCGCCUGCGGCACAAACGAGCAGCAUGUCCAGCUUCACCAACAUGAACAAUAUGGAUGCUUGGGGUUCCAACGAUGCUUGGGCAACGCCUGAUCCAGCCCCUGCACCAGCGCCUGCACCAGCGCCGACUCAGACUUUAACUUCCAUGCCGCCACCGCAGACUCAAUCCACGAACUUGAACGCAUUCAAGCCCGCGCCCGCACAGACCGUGCAGCAGGACGAAGAGUUUGGUGGGUGGAGUCAUGCAAGUCCGGUUGCGAGCACGACGGGUCCGAAGCAAGGUGGGCUUGGUGGGAAUGCUGAUGAUUUGUUUGGUAAUGUCUGGGGCUGA